UCCCAUUUUUUCCAAAAAUUUAUAUAAAAGGACUUAGUAAACCCAUACCAAGUUAAAAUCUUUCGAUCAUACCCACCAAUCUUAUCCUGUUUCUUACAAAUUUACAUCAUACCCACAUCCCCAAUUUCCUUUAUAUGUCUGUACACUAGGUGUUUGUUUAUAUGUCUGUAAGAACUUUAAAAUUUGGCGAAAAAAAAAAGGGGGAAUUCUGUUGUAUUGAGAGCUUUGUGUAUGAAUUUUUGCUGUAACUAGACAUCUAUUUUUGAAAAAAGAUUGUGGGUAAAGAAAUUUAGAUAUAUGGGAAAUGUAUGUGUAGGAUCGUGUUACUCGAAAGAUGGAUUCUUUCAAUCUAUGUCACAUUCGUAUUGGUGGUCUAAGUCGCCGGAUUUGAUCUAUUAUAAGAAUGGCGAAGGUGAAUUUAGCAAAGAAAUGCCGUCGAUAGAUAAAGAUGAUAAAGUUCCUGUGGAGGUUCAAAAGACAGCUCCACGGUUGGUGAUCAUACCGAAAAACAUUGCUAAACCUUCACAGGUGGUAGUUUUGGAUCAAGAAAUGAAACAAUCCGAAAUGGUUCUGGUUGUGAAGCAACAAAGUAAAUCGUCUGAUGUUAAAAUGGCGCAUAAUGUGAAGAGAAUGUUGAGUGCAGGGUUGCAAGCUGAUAGGGUAUUGAAGACGAAAACCGGGCAUUUGAAAGAGUACUUUAAUUUGGGUCAGAAACUAGGACAUGGUCAAUUUGGUACGACUUUUCUUUGUAUAGAGAAGACUACUGGAAAAGAAUUCGCCUGCAAAUCAAUCGCUAAGAGAAAGUUGUUAACAGAUGAAGAUGUGGAGGACGUUAGAAGAGAAAUCGAAAUCAUGCAUCAUUUAUCUGGCAACUCUAAUGUGGUUUCGAUUCAAGGCGCUUAUGAGGAUUCUGUGGCUGUUCAUUUGGUGAUGGAACUUUGUGCUGGAGGUGAAUUGUUUGAUAGGAUUACGAAAAUAGGGCAUUUUUCAGAAAGAAAAGCGGCUGAACUUGUUAGAACGAUUGUUGGUGUGAUUGAAACUUGUCAUUCAUUAGGAGUUAUGCAUCGUGAUCUUAAGCCCGAGAACUUCCUCUUUGUCGAUGAACACGAAGAUUCAUCACUUAAAACCAUAGACUUUGGGCUAUCAGUUUUCUUUAAACCAGGUGAAACUUUCAUUGAUGUGGUUGGUAGUCCAUACUAUGUUGCACCUGAAGUAUUGCUUAAAAAUUAUGGUCCAGAAGCAGAUAUAUGGAGCGCUGGUGUGAUCCUUUACAUUCUCCUUUGUGGGGUGCCUCCAUUUUGGGGAGAAUCUGAGAAUGAAAUAUUUGAAGAAGUCUUGCGGGGUAAACUCGACUUCUCCUCUGAUCCAUGGCCUAGUAUCUCUGAAAGUGCUAAAGAUUUAGUUAGAAAAAUGCUCAUCAGACACCCCAAAAGGCGGAUAACGGCUCAUGAAGUUCUUUGCCACCCUUGGAUCAGUGAAGAUGGUGUUGCUCCAGAUAAACCUCUUGAUUCUGCAGUGCUGAGCCGGUUAACUCAAUUUUCUGCCAUGAACAAGCUCAAGAAAAUGGCUCUAAGAGUCAUCGCAUCAAAACUCUCUGAGGAAGAAAUCGCGGGCUUAAAACAAAUGUUCAAGAUAAUAGAUACAGACAACAGUGGUUAUAUUACUUUUGAAGAACUUAAGGCUGGACUCAGGCGAUUUGGUUCUAAUCUCAAAGAGUCUGAGAUCUAUGAUCUAAUGCAAUCUGCGGAUAUUGAUAAUAAUGGUAUUAUUGACUACGAAGAAUUUGUAGCUGCAACUUUGCAUAUGAACCAAGUUGAUAGGGAAAAUCAUUUGUUCGCUGCUUUUUCGUAUUUUGAUAAAGAUGACAGUGGUUAUAUCACCCUUGAUGAACUCCAACAAGCCUGCAAAGAGUUUGGAUUAGAUUGUGUUCAUUUAGAAGAAAUUAUCAAAGAAGCUGACCAAAAUAAUGAUGGCCGUAUAGAUUACAACGAGUUUGUCACAAUGAUGCAUACAGGAAAUCCCACAUUGACAAACAAGCCAUUGAAGGAUGAUUAUAGGGUGACAAUAAGGGGGCCGGUGUCGAUUUGUUGAUAUGAAAUUGUUAAUUGUUGUUGCAUCUAAACGUAACAAACAAAAUGCAUUUAAACUAGCAGAUGAUCAUAAGUUGUUAGAUUUUGUAUACUCAAAUAGCUAGCUAGGUGUUGCAUUUUGGCUCAUAGAAUGUACCAUGCCUAUAUACAUACAGACGAACAUGUGAAAUGAACAAGAUAAAAGUCUAACUUUUUGUACAAUGACAAAUGAGAAAGAUGUGCAUUUGCGGUUGUGGUU